AUGCAAGCAACCACCCCCAAAACUGCCAAAAAGCCGAAGAUAGCUGCAUCAAGCGCAACAGAACUCACGCAGAAGAUGGAGACCCAGCUCAAGAAAGCCAACGAGGUCCUCGAGAAAAUGGUUGACACCAUGAGUGGUGACAACCCCCCACCAAACAUUCGUGACAUGCAGCAACAGUUGAUCGACAUGCAGAAUAACAUGAAGGACAUGGAAAGGAUGCACGAAGAUUUGCAGUAUGAUCUACAGGACUUGGAAGCACUUGCGGCUAACACACAUCAGACGCUUUUCAGACAACAGCAACGAGAUGCACUCCUCCAGACAGUGGUCAAACCUUGGCCAAGUGAGUUCUACGACGAAGACAGGGAGAGAGUCAUCAGAUACUACGCAGAGAAGGCCGGGGUCGAAGGACAGUACACACCGACGCAUGGCAGGAACGUGUACGGGCGGUACAAGCCAUCCACCGUCACCAUCAUGAACUGGAAAACAGAAAAGGCCAAACUUGAGUUUGAGAGCUACGUGUACCGCAGAUACAACAAGAGGUUUCCAGCCACUGUUUGGGACCACAACAACGCUACGGUGUACCACCACUCUGGCCAACCACACAGGAUCACUUUCUCACCGCAGGUAAGUGACAUGGAGAGAGACAUCAACCAAGCGAUCAAUGCCGCGCUACACAUCGUCACCACCAAUGACAAGAGUGACCUGGCCGGUACAUGGGGAAAAAUUGCUGUCAAGUGGCAAGAGAAACUGGCGAUGCGCACAGAAGACAAACUUGUGAUCUUCAAGCUGGUGCGAAACGAAGAAGACCCAAAGCUCCUGCAUUUCCACGUGCACAAAGACUACUACGAUGUGGUGUAUGACAAUUGGCGAGCUGGUUGGGCCGAAGCAAAUGCAAAGACAAAGUGGCCGGAUUACAACAAGUACCCGUACAUCAUCAAGUUCGCGCGAUUGAGAAGCAAUGAAGAGUACAGGACCAUGUACAACGCAAAGUGGGGAGGUGAAGAACACUGGGACAUGCAGAGACACACCGAUGAUGCGGCAGAGGCAAAGCAAAGCAACGGAGAUUGA